GACAGAAGGAGAAAGAGAGGGAGGGUAAGGUUAUUGACGGAGGGAAACAGAGGAAGAGGGAGAGAGAGGGAGGGGUGUAGGACAAGCUCGAGAGGCAGAGAGACGAAAAGACACAAAACUUGUGACUUUACUAAAGAGGGCAGGUACCAGAGGCAGGAUGAAGGCCGGCGCUGGACUCUGCUCUGCAUUGACUCUGUUCCUCCUGAUGGGGGCAGUGUUCGCCCAGAGACCUCGUCCAAGGAAGCCCACCAGGCGCCCAGCCACCACCAGGAAGCCUCCUGUCCCCAUGCCUGCCGUACCAGCACAGCCAGAGCCCCAGGAGCCCACAGAUUUCCCCCCACCAAUCCUGGGCCCGCCCUCCAUCUUUCCCGACUGCCCCAGAGAGUGUUUAUGCUCCCCAAGCUAUCCAAAUUCUCUCAACUGUGAGAACCGGAACAUCCGCGUGAUCCCUGUCAUCCCAUCCAGAACCCACUACUUGUACCUGCAGAACAACUACAUCUUAGAGGUGAAGGCAGAGGCAUUCGUCAACGCCACAGAGAUCCGCUGGGUCAACCUGGCAAACAACCGCAUUCAUCGAAUUGACAAACAAGUAUUUGAGAAGAUCCCGGCACUGCUCUAUCUCUAUGUGCACCGUAACCAGCUAAAAGAGGUCCCUUCAGGUCUCCCAGCAAGCCUGGAACAACUCCGCCUCGGUAAGAAUCGUAUUUCCAAGAUCCCUGCUGGUGCCUUCAGCAAGAUGGGGAACCUGACUCUGCUUGACCUGUACCACAACCAGCUCAGUGACAGUGAUCUGGGAAAAAACACAUUCAAGGACCUGAAGAACCUAAUGCAGCUCAAUCUGGCUCACAACAUCCUGAAGAAGAUGCCCGAUGGCGUACCCGGUGGCCUCAUUCAGCUGUUCCUGGACAGGAACCGUAUAGAUGACAUCCCAAAAGACUACUUUAAAGGCUUCUCUCACCUGGCAUUUGUGAGGCUCAACUACAACCAGCUUAGCGAUAAAGGAGUCCCGAAGGCUGUGUUCAACAUUUCCACCCUGCUGGACCUGCAACUCGCCCACAACCAGCUCUCUUCCGUUCCUCUCUUCAACAGUCACCUGGAGCACCUGCAUCUCAACGACAACAGCAUCGAGAGCAUCAAUGGCACCCUGAUCUGCCCUAAUGGACUGCAGGCCGAGCCAAGUGAUGACACCCUUGUGCCCAAACUAAGGUACCUGCGUUUGGAUGGGAAUCACCUGAGUCCUCCCAUCCCUCUGGAUGUCAUUAUGUGCUUCAGACACCUCCACUCUAUUGUCAUUUAGGAGAAACGGGCCUCAAGCCCUGGGGACAUGCGCACACACACACACAUAAACCACACACUUGCACAUGCACACAUAUACACACACAAGCACGCAGAGUCACUGUGCACAAAUUGAAUUCAAGGCAAAUCCUGCUCGGUGAAGCCGGAGGUUUAUCCACAAGUACACACUGUGGAAACGUGUAAUAGAAAAGAGUGAUUCCAGAUAAAUGAGAAAACUGUAAAGCUUUGACAGUUUCAUUGUUUUCAGAUCCAGAACAGUGAGAGUGGAUAUACACCAACAUCUGGGUUUAGGUUUUUGUAGGACUUUCAGUUUAUCCAUCUUUUUUUGUUUAUAAAAACUAGAUUGAGUAAAGCCUGAAAAUACAGGUACAUUGACAGAGGCUACAGACAUGGAGGGUAGUUAUGUUUGCUUGCAGAUGUGAACAAACAGACCAACAGUGGAUGUCAGAAGAACCCGUUUUAAAACGUAACUACCAUGUAGUUGAAACUGUCCCAAAUGUGCCAGUGCUUUUCAAGGUACUCCAUGUAAAAAAAGUCAUUCUAUUCUUUGUAUUCGUAUUCCUCUGUAUAUUAUUCUUCUGUAUAAAGAAGGUUUGUACAAAUAAGGAAAAAAUAAAACUUUUUCUUUGACCAUU